CACCCGAGCGAAGCAAUCCUCUCGAUGUGUUGACUGCCGCACCCUUGCAUCACCAAGAAAAGAGCCACUGUGUUACUAUAGACUGCGACACCCACCAAGAAAUAGCUACGACAUAACAUCGAAUCGACCUCUGUCGCCAUGUUUUCCACCAACGCAUGCCGAUUGUAUCUUUCGGCGUCACGCCGAAUCGCACGAAAUGUCGCUGUCACCAGUCGAGUGCGUCCAACUGCCAUCCGAACCUUCGUGAAGCCUUCUUGUAGCGCAGCAAUGCCCAUCAAAACAAUCGAUGUAAGAAUCCGAAUCCGAUCUUUGAAAACGAUGUCGCUGGAAGCCUCGAUGGUUCAUUAUUCCUGUUUCUCGUUCCACCGGGUGGUCUUCUGUUGUCGUGAUGUUUCGCGAUCGAUCCGCUUGUUCCAACGUUUGCUCACUUUGGAUUUCUCUCAUUGCCUCGCCUUGGACCUACAAUGAUGUCGCGUUUAGGUCCCAACCAUGGGGGAUAGUAUUACGGAGGGAACGAUUGUUGACAUGCCAGUGGCUGUUGGCGAUUACGUCCAGCCGGACGAUGUGGUUCUCGUGAUUGAAACCGACAAGGUAUCCGUAGACGUCCGUGCCCCCGAAGGUGGGGUCUUGACGGAGGUCCUCGGAGAAAUCGACGACGUCGUCGAGGUCGGAUCGCAGCUGUAUCGCCUGGACACGGACGCGGACGCCCCCGAAAGCCCCAGCGAACCCAUGCCAGCGACCGAGGAAACCCUAACCCCCAGCGCCAGCUCCGAGCCGGUUCCCGCCGCCACCCCCCCCGCCCCGGCAGCAGCACCCGUGGCAGCCGCUGCGGCCCCCAAGACCCCUCCCCCGGCCCCCAAGGUAGCGGAGGCCCAGACCUUUUUGGGAUCGCGCACCGAACGACGCACAAAAAUGUCCCGCAUGCGCCAAACGGUCGCUACCCGCUUGAAGGGGGCCCAAAACACGGCUGCCAUGCUCACCACCUUCCAAGAGUGCGACAUGGGAAAUCUGAUGGAGAUGCGAAAGAAAUACCAGGAUGUCUUUGUUGCCAAACACGGGAUCAAGCUUGGAUUUAUGUCCGCGUUUGUCUUGGCAGCAACCGCCGCACUUCAGGAAGUUCCACUGGUGAACGCCUACAUCGACGACGAGACAAAAGAAAUCGUGUACAGAGAUUAUUGUGAUAUUUCUGUGGCCGUUGCCUCUCCCAAGGGAUUGGUUACGCCAAUCUUGAGAAACACAGAAUUGAUGUCGUUUGCCGACGUGGAACACAACAUUGCGGCUUACGUCGAGAAAGCGAAGAAUGGUACCCUUUCGUUGGAUGACAUGUCGGGUGGAACCUUCACAAUCUCAAACGGUGGUGUGUUCGGAUCUCUGAUGGGUACACCCAUCAUCAAUCUACCUCAGUCCGCAGUUUUGGGCAUGCACGCAACAAAGAUGCGAGCAGUGGUUAACGACAAGGGAGAAGUCGUUGCCCGACCCAUGAUGUAUCUGGCCUUGACAUACGACCACAGGUUGAUCGACGGAAGGGAGGGCGUCACAUUCCUGAAGAGCAUUGCCGAAAAAGUAUCCGAUCCAUCGAAGUUGUUGUUGGAAGUAUAAAACGUUGAUGAGGUACGGUACCCAAGAUCCACAGAUUUUAUUCAAACUCAUCUCGUUGCUGGCACACCGAGGGGUGCGCAUUUCUAAUCUAUUGUAAUAUUUGUAACGAAAGCUACACUAUAUUUUGAAAAUAAUUUUGAUAGAGAUCU